AUGCUGAUGUUGCUGAUCGAGCUGGUGGCAGAAAGAAUCAAGCAGGAGCCGAUUCCCAGCGGUCUGCUGGGCGUGCUGACAAUGGCUUUUAAUCCUGAUAAUGAAUACCAUUUCAAGAACCGGAUGAAGAUGUGCCAGAAGAACUGGGCGGAUGUGUUCGGCGAGGGAAAUACAUUUGCCUUAUCACCAGCCAGCGCCAUGCAGAAGGAACCUCAUGGUUGGUUGGUGGAUCUGGUGAACAGGUUUGGAGAGCUAGGUGGAUUCUCUGCAAUUCAGUCCAAGCUGAACUCCGACAAUAUAGAACUUGGGGCGGUGUCUGCUCUGGUUCAGCCGCUGGGAGUGUGUGCAGAAUACCUCAAUUCCACUACUGUGCAGCCAAUGCUGGAUCAUGUUAUUCAUAAGAUGAUAAAGUAUGUACAGAAUGUGGAAGAGAAGGAUCUGAAGGACAAGAGGUUAGUCAGUAUCCCCGAGCUCCUGUCUGCCAUUAAGCUGCUGUGCAUGCGUUUCCAGCCGGACCUGGUGAAUGCGGUGGACGAUCUUCGGCUGGACAUCUUACUACGAAUGCUGAAAUCUCCUCACUUUAGCGCAAAAAUGAAUUCUCUUAAAGAGGUAACCAAAUUAAUAGAAGACAGCACUUUAUCAAAAUCUGUGAAGAACGCCAUAGAUACUGACCGGCUCCUGGAUUGGCUGGUGGAAAAUUCUGUCCUAUCGAUAGCACUGGAAGGAAACAUUGACCAGGCACAGUACUGUGACCGGAUAAAGGGAAUCAUUGAACUGCUCGGAAGUAAAUUGUCCUUGGAUGAACUUUCCAAAAUCUGGAAGAUCCAGUCCGGGCAAUCAUCCACUGUGAUAGAAAACAUUCAUACUAUUAUCGCAGCUGCAGCUGUGAAGUUCAACCCAGAACAGCUAAACCACCUCUUUGUGCUAAUUCAAAAGAGCUGGGAAACUGAAUCCGAUCGGGUCCGUCAGAAACUGUUGAGCCUCAUAGGGCGUAUCGGACGAGAGGCACGCAACGAGACGACAACAGGAAAGGUGUUGGAGGUCCUCUGGGAUCUCGCUCACUUACCAACUCUGCCAUCUAACUUAAUCCAACAAGCCUUAGAGGAGCACCUGACAAUCCUGAGCGACGCCUAUGCAGUAAAAGAGACCGUCAAGAGGAGCUACAUCAUAAAAUGCAUCGAGGACAUUAAAAAGUCAUCUCAACAUAACAACCCACAAGUGGUGUGGGUGGUGCCAGCCUUACGCCAGCUCCAUGAGAUAACCCGCUCAUUCAACAAGCAGACCUACCAAAAGCAAGACAAGAGUAUCAUUCAGGAUCUGAAGAAGAACUUUGAGAUCGUCAAGCUGGUGACAGCUAGCCUAGUGGCGUGCCAUCGCUUGGCCGUUAACGCUGUUGGUCCCGGAGGGUUGGUCGGAUCCACUUUGGUUGACGGCAGAUACACUUACCGGGAGUAUUUGGAAGCACACCUGAAAUUCCUGGCAUUUUUCCUGCAAGAAGCCACCCCUGUACCUCGGCUGGAGCCGUGCCAAAGAGAUCUGGGAGUGCCUCGUCACAGGCCACGACGUGUGUGUGAGCUCGAUCGAGAAAUGUGUUUCGAGUGGUUCACGAAGGGGCAGCAUGACUUGGAGAGUGAUGUCCAACAGCAACUGUUCAAGGAGAAAAUCCUCAAGCUGGAGUCCUAUGAAAUCACCAUGAAUGGUUUCAGCCUCUUUAAAACCUUUUUUGAAAAUGUAAAUCUUUGUGAUCAUCGGUUGAAGAGGCAAGGCACCCAGCUGGUGAGUGUUGUUUGAAUUACCGGAAUGGACUUCAUAUGGAAAGUUGCAGUUGAAUCUCCGGAUGAAGAAAUUGCCAACGAAGCGAUCCAGCUGAUAAUCAACUAUAGCUACAUCAACCUGAACCCUAGGCUGAAGAAAGAUUCAGUUUCUUUGCACAAGAAAUUUAUUGCGGAUUGUUACACGCGACUAGAGGCUGCUAGUUCGGCACUUGGAGGUCCCACCCUGACGCACGCCGUCACCAGAGCUACAAAAUGCUGACCGCGACCGCCAUGCCAUCGGUGGCCACAUCAGUUCAGUCACCUUACAGGUCUACUAAGCUGGUCAUUAUAGAGAGACUUCUGUUACUGGCUGAGCGUUAUGUUAUCACUAUAGAGGAUCUCUACUCUGUUCCACGAACAAUUCUACCUCAUGGUGCCUCUUUUCAUGGACAUCUGUUAACUCUGAACCUUAAUUACGAGUCAACCAAAGAUACUUUCACCAUAGAGGCCCACAGCAAUGAGACGGUGGGGAGCAUCCGCUGGAAGAUCUCCAGACAUCUCAACUGUCCUGUCGAAAACUUGCAGAUCUUUGCCAAUGAGAGCUUGCUGACCGUCAAUAAGGACCAGAAGCUGCUCCAUCAGUUGGGAUUUUCCGAUGACCAGGCCCUCACUGUAAAGACUCUGGGCAGUGGAACGCCAUCGGGUAGCUCCGCAGAGACAUCAGCCAGCUCCAGUAACAGCGGUGCAAGCUUCAGUUCCUCCUACGCCAUGGACCAGGAAAAGUCUCUGCCAGGAGUGGUGAUGGCAUUAGUAUGUAACGUGUUUGAUAUGCUGUAUCAGCUGGCCAACUUGGAGGAGCCCAGAAUUACAGUGAGGGUUCGGAAACUUCUGCUCUUGGUCCCAACAGAUCCUGCUGUGCAGGAAGCGCUCGAUCAGCUGGACUCCCUGGGAAGGAAGAAGACGCUGCUUUCCGACUCGCAAUCUUCAAAGUCCCCCUCCCUGUCCUCCAAGCAGCACCACCAGCAGCAGCUCAGUGCCAGUUCCAUCCUCGAGAGCCUCUUCCGAUCGUCCGCCCCCGGCAUGUCUACCUUCCGUGUGCUCUACAACCUGGAGGUUCUGAGCUCCAAACUGAUGCCAACUGCAGAUGAUGAGAUGGCCAGAAACUGUGCCAAGUCUUUCUGUGAAAACUUCUUGAAAGCUGGAGGAUUGAGUUUGGUGGUUAAUGUCAUGCAGAGGGACUCCAUUCCAUCAGAGGUGGAUUAUGAGACAAGACAAGGUGUCUAUUCUAUUUGUCUGCAGCUGGCCAGAUUUUUACUGGUUGGGCAGACGAUGCCAGCUACUUUAGAUGAAGAUUUAGCCAAAGACGGCAUUGAGGGGUUGUCAUCGAGACCUUUCAGGAACGCAAGCCGCCAGUCUGGCCGUCAGAUGUCUCUCUGCGGCACUCCAGAAAAGUCAUCCUACCGGCAGCUGUCUGUGUCUGACCGGUCGUCUAUCAGGGUGGAGGAGAUCAUACCUGCUGCUCGGGUUGCCAUUCAGACAAUGGAAGUCAAUGAUUUCACCUGCACUGUG